UAUAAGAAAGGACGGCGGCCGUUUCCUCACUUCGGUGGAAGGAGAAGAAGAAACAGCGCACGUUUCAUUAGUAACAGAAACCGCAAAAAACAAGAAAAAUGAGGGAAAUCGUGCAUCUUCAGGCUGGUCAGUGUGGAAACCAGAUCGGAGCUAAGUUCUGGGAGGUUAUUAGCGAUGAGCACGGCAUUGACCCAACUGGUACAUACCAUGGAGACAGUGAUCUCCAGCUGGACAGGAUCAACGUUUACUAUAAUGAGGCCUCUGGUGGCAAAUACGUGCCCCGUGCUGUGCUGGUGGACUUGGAGCCUGGUACCAUGGACUCUGUGAGGUCUGGGCCUUUCGGUCAGGUCUUUAGGCCAGACAACUUUGUCUUUGGUCAGAGUGGUGCAGGAAACAACUGGGCCAAGGGCCACUACACGGAGGGAGCUGAGCUUGUGGAUUCAGUUCUGGAUGUGGUGCGCAAGGAGGCUGAGAGCUGUGACUGCCUGCAGGGAUUUCAGCUCACCCACUCCCUGGGUGGUGGCACUGGCUCUGGUAUGGGUACGCUGCUCAUCAGCAAGAUUCGUGAAGAAUAUCCCGAUCGCAUCAUGAACACCUUCAGUGUGGUGCCCUCACCCAAAGUGUCUGACACAGUCGUAGAGCCCUACAACGCAACGUUAUCUGUUCACCAGUUGGUCGAAAACACAGACGAGACCUAUUGUAUCGACAAUGAAGCUCUUUAUGAUAUCUGCUUCCGCACACUGAAGCUCACAACACCCUCGUACGGUGACCUCAACCACCUCGUUUCUGCCACCAUGAGCGGUGUCACUACCUGUCUCCGUUUCCCUGGUCAACUGAACGCCGAUCUGCGCAAACUGGCGGUCAACAUGGUGCCCUUCCCUCGUCUGCACUUCUUCAUGCCCGGGUUCGCCCCACUGACCAGCAGGGGAAGCCAGCAGUACCGCUCGCUCACAGUGCCCGAGCUGACUCAGCAGAUGUUCGACUCCAAGAACAUGAUGGCAGCCUGCGAUCCACGUCACGGCCGCUACCUCACCGUUGCUGCCAUCUUCCGUGGCCGCAUGUCCAUGAAGGAAGUCGAUGAGCAGAUGCUCAAUGUGCAGAACAAGAACAGCAGCUACUUCGUUGAAUGGAUCCCCAACAACGUGAAGACCGCUGUGUGCGACAUCCCACCACGUGGCCUCAAGAUGGCUGCCACAUUCAUCGGCAACAGCACUGCCAUCCAGGAGCUGUUCAAGCGAAUCUCCGAGCAAUUCACGGCCAUGUUUAGGCGCAAAGCUUUCCUCCACUGGUACACCGGCGAGGGAAUGGAUGAGAUGGAAUUCACCGAAGCCGAGAGUAACAUGAACGACCUGGUGUCCGAAUACCAGCAGUACCAGGACGCCACGGCCGAGGAAGAGGGAGAGUUUGAAGAGGAAGGAGAGGAAGAGCUUGCAUAAAUCUUGCUUGUGUAUAUGUAUGUGCCAAGCUGUAAUUUUUUUCCAAUUGUUCUGAAACAAAGUACCUUUCCAAAGUUGUUCGUUUUCUUUCUGCUGUCCAUUCCUUUUCUGUACAGAAUUGUCAUUAAAAUUCUUUUGUUAACGUG